CCCAAAUCCCAAAUGGCGUCGAAAAUUUCCCAAAAAUAAACAGGUUAUGCCAUGUACCUUCUUUAAAAUGAACUGAGAGUAAUUCGGACGAAGUCACAGCCGACCAUUCAAGCUUCAAAAGCAUGGCUGCCUCCCAGGAAAAUGAAUCAGAUAUGGAUUUUUCUGAUAAUGAUUGUUAUGAUUACAAUAACUAUUACAAUGACGACGAUAGCGAUGUUGAACAUGUUGAUCCCAUGAAAGUUGACCCAGAAUACUUUGAAUACAGAUGCCUUUCUGAGGAAGAAGUGGAGAGGCUUUUGAAUGAAAGUGUGGAAAGUCUUAGUAAUUGUCUCCGAAUAUCUCCCACACUGGCCAAAGUUUUACUACACGGUCAUCACUGGAAUUCAAAUGAAGUUAUACGAAAAUACAAAGACAAUCCGUCACAGACCAUUAUAUGGGCCAAAAUUAAUCCACCGUCUCCACAGAGUAUAAUGACAUCUAAUUAUUAUACAUGCCCAGUAUGCGUUACCCCGCAGCAUGUAGAAAAGUUUUCUCAUUUACCUUGUGGUCAUAAGUUUUGUAAGGAUUGUUGGAUAACUCACUUUGAGGUGCAAAUUAAUCAGGGUAUAUCCACAAGUAUAAGCUGCAUGGCUAAAGAUUGUGUGGUACUAGUUCCUGAAAGUUUUGUCUUGAUGCAUCUUCAGCAUAAAACUAACAUAAGGGAGAAAUACCAGCAUUUUGUUUUUCAAGAUUACGUAAAGUCUCACCCCGAACUGAGAUUUUGCCCUGGUCCAAAUUGUCCUAUUAUCGUGCAUAGUCGCGAAAUUAAGGCUAAGAAAUCCAUUUGUGAACAGUGUAAAACUGCAUUCUGCUUUAGAUGUGGUUGCGAUUACCACGCCCCAACCGAUUGUCAAGUUAUAAAAAAGUGGUUGAUAAAGUGCGCUGAUGAUAGUGAAACGGCGAACUACAUAAGUGCUCAUACCAAAGACUGCCCAAAGUGCCACAUAUGUAUUGAGAAAAAUGGCGGAUGCAACCAUAUGCAGUGUUACAACUGUAAACACGAUUUCUGCUGGAUGUGCUUAGGCGAUUGGAAAUCGCAUGGAUCCGAGUAUUAUGAGUGCUCCAGAUAUAGAGAAAAUCCGAAUAUAGCUCAUGAGUCGGUUCAUGCACAAGCUAGGGAAGCUUUGACGAAGUACUUGCAUUAUUACGAACGAUGGGAAAAUCAUUCCAAGUCCCUAAAACUAGAGGAACAAACCUUGGAAAAACUGAGGGACAGAAUCAAUGAAAAAGUUAUGUCUGGUUUAGGGACAUGGAUAGAUUGGCAGUAUUUAUUUGCUUCAGCAAAUUUAUUAGCGAAAUGUCGCUAUACUCUUCAGUACACAUACCCUUUUGCGUAUUAUAUGGAUGCUGGACCUAGAAAAGAACUUUUCGAGUACCAGCAAGCCCAGUUGGAAGCUGAAAUUGAAAAUUUGAGCUGGAAAAUUGAGAGAGCUGAAACAACUGACAGGGGUGAUUUAGAAAACCAAAUGGAUAUCGCUGAGAAACGGAGAACUACGCUUUUGAAAGACUUCUUGGAUGUGUGAUAUUCUUUCAAGUUAUCUUCAUUGAUGCAAUUUUGAGGUUGCUAUCUUCCAGCUCACUUUUUGUUUGAACAAAUACAGACUGUGAUUUUGAGAUAAUGUCGGGCAAGUGACAUAUAGGUAGUUUUGUUUGAACUUGGUUUAGUUCCAAAUUUUGCAGCAUUUGUGCUUUUGUUGGUUGGGCGGGUCUCUCAACCUCUUGGUUUCUGAAUUUCCAAUGACCUAAUAUCACAGAUAACUGUUCAUUUUGAUUAUUGAUAAUUUUGUUAAUAAUGAAUUAUGCUUAAGAUAAUGAAGAUUAUUUCGAAUUUAGAGAGAUAAAUAGAAUUAUACCCACAAAUAGGAGCUCACAACAUCUCUGAUUCAGUUUUGUGAAUAUAUUUUUUUUCUUUCUCUAGCACACUAAGCUGCUUACUUACAAACAUAAUAGCUAUCUUCGGGUUCGGAAAAAGGACAGUUCUAGAACGGUUCAAAACAAUCGCACAGUUUAUUAUUGAAAUUUGUGAUAGCUGAGCCGUUGUCAUUUUGUUGAUUGAUGAACUGUGCGAUUGUUUUGAACCGUUCUAGAACCGUCCUUUUUUCGAACCCGAAAAUAGCUGUUGCCAACAUAACAAAGUAGUGUCAGGUCAUUGAGAAUUUGAAAUUUAAAGUUUGCAAUCAGUGCCGGAUCCAGAAUUUUGUUAUAAUAUAGAAUUGGUAAACUUCGACUAUCUAGCUGGCCCUUUCUUCCUUUUAAAUUUGCAACUGAUUGCAUUCUAAUUCUACCACUAUAAGUUUGAGCAAACCUACCUUUUCAUUUAAAUUUAGAAUGAGUAUCUUUUUAGUUUUUAUUGGAAAUUUUUGCAUAAAGUCCAGUUAUAACAAAUUUUAAAUGAUACACAUUCAUCAUUUCCAAAGUUAACUAAUAAAACAUAUUUAAGAAAAUUUCUUCAAUCUAUAAGAUUCGGUAUAGCUGGACUCUACAGGUUCAAUCUAGUUAGAAUUUUAUUUGUAUAGACUUGUAUAAAAUUUCAAAGUGCAUUAUGUGAGCAUACAGACAGGACCAGGCUACCAGACACAGAAGCUUCAAUGAGACCAGUUGACCGAUACCCAUGACACUGCAUGUUAUUAAAAUUCGUGCAUCUUUGGCAACUUGGCAAUAAUUGGCUUCGGCGGCACCGCCUGGAUUUGCUGAGACUGGGAACAAGAUAAUUCAUCUUAUUAUUCCCUAUGUGUCUACUAGGUUGGUCCACUCUGUGUAAACGGAAAUAUGAUUUUUUUUUACACUUCAAGUGAAACAGAAUGUCAACUAGAUCUGGUUAAGCUUCUGAGCAAAUUGAAUUUUGGUGCGUUAUUGCUUGAUCCCUGGCCCAAAUGAUCAGGAUGGUUUCAGAUAUACUGUGGAAUUUGGCUUGAGCUGAGAGGUGCACAAUAGUUACACUUGGAGGCGAUAAAACUCCCCGCAUGCAUUUUUUGUUCUUUCCAGCAAUUUUUGAUCAAGCCAAGUAGUAUACUUUUCUUCAGUAGUUUGUGAUUUUUUCAAUAAUGAUAGAUUAUUUUCUUGAGUUGUAUAUUUAGAAUAACUUGAUGCAGAUUUGUCAUCCAUGUCAUCGUCAAACAGAUCAGGACUGAAAUAAUAAAUCUAUAAUCUACAGGUUUAGAAGGCUGCUUUUCAGGAGUCUUAAUCUGUUCAACAAAGGCGAUUUUUCUGAGAUUAGUGAGUGCUAGAGUCUCUUCUAUGAAUUCAACUCGAGAAAAAUAUAUUUCUAAUUAAUUACAAAAUCAUUGAUUUGAUAAUUAAAAUAAUAAUACUUUUCAAAUAAAUGAUUUCCGGUCCGUACUCUAACAGUAGUUAUUGUUAUUUCUUCCAAAUUAUGUUGAAAGAAGUAUCAAAAGCUACUAUAAGCAGACUCAGUUUCUGGGUUGCAAAUUCUAUACAUUGUUUGCCUCUAACAUAAUUUUUGAUUACUGCUGAUUGAAAGUGAUAAAUAUAAAGUAUAACUUUUGCCAAAAUUCAUUUUGAUCUGGAAAAGAAUAAAUGUCUUGCCAGCACCAAAGCAUCGACAUCCUGUUAUCAAAAAAAUUUGAAUUUUCCAUUUUUUAUUUGAGAUUUAAAAAUAAUUUUAGACGGUCUUGAGAAAUAUCCCAAUAGAAAGCUUAAAUAUAAUAAAUGUUAUAAUAAAUUAUUUUAAUCAAGAGUGUUGCAGCUAUUUCUAAGAAUUGAUGUUUGAAUGUGGAAAUUUUUUAAGGGAUUUUGUGAACUAUUAUUUAUAGUAUUUUCAUGUACCUACCUUGUUAGUCUAGAACUGCUAGAUUAUGAAAUUGUAUUAAGUUAAAAACAUAAUUAAUAAUUAUUUUUCAUAAGAUUUAAUCUUAUAAUAAGGGCAUCAGACAAGUUUGCACAAAAUUUUAAAAUGUAGGUACCUACAUUCAUUUUCUGCGAAAAGCUCCAAAAAUGUUUACAUCUUGUGCAAAACAAUUAAAAAUUAAGAUACAUAUGCAUAUUUAUAUUAAAACAACGGCGCCCGCAGAAUUUGUCACAGGGGGGGGGGGGGGGGCAAAUAAACUGCUCUUGGGGGAAUCGUGGAAAACGCACCGCAGACGAAAAUUUUUUUUUGGGCCACACCCAAAUUUUGCUAUUUGUAACUAAUUAGUCUGGGAGACGACCGCAAUUUUUCCUACCCCGAUCGAGUUAUGUGUCGACACUAUUAUAAAUAUAUAGUAUUAUGUGCAUCUUUUAACCUGUAUUCCUGCCUGAGAGCAAAUGCUGCCGGAAAUAUCUUUUUACAAAUUAUUAACAAAUUGAAAAAAACGUAACACUACCCCCAUCGAGUUAUGCCCUAAGUAGGGUAUUAGAUUGAAGGUCUCGAUGUCCCCUAUCUAAAAAGUCGAUCCUGCCUUGUGAGAACUUGCCGGAAAAGGGUGGCAGGACACCUUAUUGGGGCAAGGGCCCGCGGUCUCUGCUUUGACACCUAUCAAGCUUUGCACUAAAUGUUGUGUCAAAUUAAAGGUGUCAAUAAGAUGAUUUAAGGUUUGUGCGCACAGAAAUCACAAACCAGUCAGAGCGAAUUUCAUUGGUUGGAAACAGUCAAGAAACUAGUUUCAAACAAUGAAAUUCACUCCUUCUGGUUUGGGAUUUCUGUGCGAAGAGACCAUAAAUCAACUUAUUGACACCUUUAAUUUGACACAUCAUUCAGCGCAAAACUUGAUAGGUGUCAAAGCUGAGACCGCGGGCCCUUGCCCUGCCACCCUUUUCCGGCAAGUUCUCACGAGGCAGGAUCGACUUUUUAGAUAGGGGACAUCGAGACCUUCAAUCUGAUACCCUACUUAAGGCAUAACUCGAUGGGGGUAGUGUUACGUUUUUUUCAAUUUGUUAAUAAUUUGUUAAAAGAUAUUUCCGGCAGCAUUUGCUCUCAGGCAGGAAUACAGGUUAAUAGAUGCACAUAAUACUAUAUAUUGAUAAUACUGUCGACACAUAACUCGAUCGGGGUAGGAAAAAUGCGGUCGUCUCCCUAACUAAAUAUAAUAAACAAUAAAAAAUAAAACAAUUUGGAAAUACUUUUAUUUCGGCCGGAAAAAAAAGUUAAUUCUCUGUAUAUUUUGAUAGGUGCACAAAUUACUUUUCCUUGUGGAAAAAAAAUUAAAAAAAAUUGUAAUCAAAACUAAAACAACACAACGUAAAUGUAAUAUUCCAAAUUAAAAAAAUACAUUUUUCCGACUAGGUAAAUGCAAAUUGCAUUCUUCUUGAGUCUCUCCCAAACCUAUUAAUAACUUCUUCAUAAAAAUCUUUAUUAGCCAAUUCAUUCAUUAAUGAUCGAUGAAUUGACAUCAUAGCGAAGCCAUCCAGUUUUUCAUUUGACAUGGUCGAUUUUAACCAGGUCUUUAAUCUUCGUAAGGUGCUGAAUGAUCGUUCAGCUGUGCAGGUCGUAGGCGAAAUGCUCAUGGCCAGAGAUAAAGCCAGAAAAAUGGAUGGAUAAAAUUCUUUGGUUUUCGAUAAUACGUCAAGAGGUGAAGAAUUAUUAUUUUUUUUUUUGUCUCUUUUAUUUUUAAGUAUUUAUAUUAAAAGCCAGAGGGGGGGCAGAUGCCCCCCCUGCCCCCCCCCUCCGGGCGCCCAUGUAUUAAAAUAAUAUAAGUUAAUGUUUUUUGUUUUAUUUGAUUAUAUUUCAUGUGUCCCAUUCCAGUAAUAGCUAUUUCUAUUAGAACAUUGGCCUGAAUAAUAUUAAAAAUGUAUUUUCUCAAUUCACUCCAAUAUAAACUUAUUUUUGAUAAACAAAAAUAGAUUGUUGGAACUUUGAUAACUGCGAUUUACUUGACUUUAAUUGAUUACCUUUACUAAUCCAACCCUAGAGACUUUGUGAGAUAAGUAUUAUUUAAAUAAAAAAAUGAUUGAUUUCCA